AUGGACUCCGCAGGUUCCGGUAUGGAGCCGAACUAUGAUGAUGAGAGUAUACGUGAAGACGCUGGAGAUCACAGACUCCCUGAAUUGUCGGGCAAUACUGCUGCCGAUGAAAGUGGAUCAAUGAUUCAAGGAGCGUCAGCAGAGCCCGAGACGGGCCAUACUGCAGGACAAUCCUUGGAGGAGCGAGCUGCAGCAGAGAUCUUGGCUGGAGCAGAGGACUUGGAACCAGAGUAUGAUUUCGAGUCUGCAGAAGGUGGUGUGCCUUCGCCUAGCCGAGAUGAUGUUCGUCAAGGGGAAGGGAUAGGCGUGGGCCUCGUCAAGGGCGUGAUGAAGGCUUGGCUUCUGGGGCAGGUGGACGUCCUGGAUAUGGGCGCCGCGAUGCUGCGCAGAUAA